AUGACAGAAGAAGACAUCGACGGCGCAAUAGACACAAUCCAACAAGCCUUCGCCGACGACCCAUACAACAACUGGAUCUACCCCGACCGCUCGAAAAUCGACCUAACCCGCAACCGCGCCUCCUCACCCUCCGCUGCCGCUGGGGCAUCCGCCACGGCCUCUUCCACGUCGCGCGCUCCUCCUCCGCCCCCUCCAAAAUCCUCGGCUGCGCAAUGUGGCUCCCGCCGCACCCCCUUCCGCCCCGCAAUCCUGGUCCCUCUACCUCUCCUUCUGGACCCUCUGGUUCGACCAGAUAAAAAUGAACCUGUACUACGGCCGCGGCGGCCUUUCCACGCGGCGCUACUGGAUCUGGAAGGAGCGGCAGGCGGAGGCGCAGAAGGAGCUGUGGACGAGCGAGAAGGGGUAUUAUUUUUGUAA